CCCAAAGCACUGAAUCCUUCUGUGCCCGAAAUAUCCAAUCCACUUGAGACGGUUGAUUCCCCCGAAAUGCCGAGUCCUUCUGUGCCCAGUUCACCUGAGACAGUUGAUUCCCUUCAUAAAUAUGAAACAAGUCCUGGGCAAGCCCAAAAGUUUCUAGCAGAUGACAGUGCGGUGGAAUUUGAUGAUGAAAUGGGGUUUAAUAUGAUCUUCUUCUAUGAAAACCUAGAUAAGGGUACGUUUGAUGAGCAUAAAGACGACUGGGUAUUAAUAUAUAAACAAGAAAUUAUAAAGUAUGACCCAGAAUGCAUGAAAAAUGAGUUAGCGGAUCUCGAAGAAGAGAUGCCCGGUUCAAUCUACUUUCCAGUAGAUCAAAGGCGUCAUGAAGAUCUCGUGAAAGUUUUACCAGCAAGAACAGUAAUAGCACGUCGUACCGAAAAUGAACACAUGGUCAGGAUCCAAGUAAGAAAAUUAGGAACAACAAAUUCUGUUAUAAUUGAUUAUAAUUUUCGUGAUCCUGUUGAGGGAAAUAAAUUGUAUAAAUCUGUUAUUGAUUCUGGCGCGCCGGAGACAAUUCUCCCUUAUAAUGUCCGUUCUAUACUUGGAAACAAAGGGUGGAAUCCUCACCGUUUUCGUGCCACAGGUUACGGAUCUCCCUCUCUUGUUUUUGUUGCAACAGAAACAUUCGAAGUGGCAAUUGGUGAUAAUGAUACUUGGAGUAAAUGGGUAAGGACAAAUACCUUAAGAGUAUGGCAAAGAAAGCCCGGAAAUCAUAUUGAUAGUUCCCUUGUUGGAUGUGAUGUGUUAAACCAAUUUUUCUUUGUGCAUCAGCCGGAUCAAGGUUAUAAGUUCCUAAGAGCUACAGACGAAGAUCCUUUAACCAAUUUCAUUAAUGGUCUUAUUUAA